GAGCGGGAGCCCGAGGAGCGGGAGCCCUGGGACUCCGGGCGCCGCCAUGGAACUGGGCCAGGAGCCCCCGCACCGCCGCCGCCUGCUCUUCGCCUGCAGCCCCUCUCCCACCCCCCAGCCCGUCGCUAAAGCGCUGUUCGGCGCGCCAGCCGCCGGAGGACUGUCGCCUGUCACCAACCUGACGGUCACCAUGGAUCAGCUGCAGGGGCUGGGCAGAGAGUAUGAGCAGUCACUGGAGGUGAAGAACAACAGCAGCCUGCAGAGAAUGGGCUCCUCCGAGUCAACAGAUUCAGGUUUCUGUCUGGAUUCUCCUGGACCCUUGGACAGGAAAGAAAACCUUGAAAAUACAAUGAGGAGAAUAAAUUCCCUACCUCAGAAGCUCUUGGGAUGUAGCCCAGCUCUGAAGAGAAGUCAUUCUGAUUCUCUUGACCGUGACAUCUUUCAGCUCAUCGACCAGGAUGAGAACAAGGAAAACGAAGCCUUUGAGUUUAAGAAGCCGGUAAGACCUGCGUCUCGUGGCUGCCUGCACUCUCCUGGACUUGAGGGGGGUACAGAUCUCUUCACACAGAGGCAGAACUCUGCCCCAGCUCGGAUGCUUUCCUCAAAUGGGAGGGACACCGAACCCGGGAGUCGCACCCCGCUCUAUAUGCCGCAGUCACCUGUGACGUCCACUUUGUCUGAUGAGGAUGACGGCUUCAUGGACCUUCUCGAUGGAGAGAGUCUGAAGAAUGACGAGGAGACCCCUUCGUGCAUGGCAAGCCUGUGGACAGCUCCCCUUGUCAUGAGAAGAACCACAAACCUCCUAAGUUCCAGUGGCAAUCGAUGCAAGCUGUUCGACUCACCUCCCCCGUGUAGCUCUAGCGUGCGGCCGGUGUUGAAGAGACUAGAACGAUCGCGAGAGGAGUCUCCCCCUGGAAAUACGAAGCGGAGGAAGAGUGUGGCUGGGGCCAGUCCCGAAAAGGCAGCUCCAGGGAGGACCCAGGAGAUUCUACAUCAGUCAUUAUCCUUGGCAUCUUCCCCAAAAGGGACCAUUGAGAAUAUUUUGGACAGUGACCCAAGGGACCUUAUAGGAGACUUCUCUAAGAGUUAUCUUUUUCAUACAGUUGCUGGGAAACAUCAAGAUUUAAAGUACAUCUCUCCAGAAAUCAUGGCGUCUGUCCUGAAUGGCAAAUUUGCCAACCUCAUUAAAAAGUUCGUUAUCAUCGACUGCCGGUACCCAUAUGAGUACGAGGGAGGCCACAUCAGGGGUGCGGUGAACUUUCACAUGGAAGAAGAGGUCGAAGACUACUUGCUCAAGAAGCCCAUCGUGCCGACUGAUGGCAAGCGUGUCAUCGUCGUGUUCCACUGCGAGUUUUCUUCUGAGCGAGGCCCGCGCAUGUGCCGGUAUGUGAGAGAGCGAGAUCGGCUUGGCAAUGAGUACCCCAAACUCCACUACCCUGAGCUGUAUGUCCUGAAGGGGGGCUACAAGGAGUUCUUCCUGAAGUGCCAGUCUCACUGUGAGCCCCCCAGCUACCGACCCAUGCACCAUGAGGACUUUAAAGAAGACUUGAAGAAGUUCCGCACCAAGAGCCGGACCUGGGCAGGGGAGAAGAGCAAGAGGGAGAUGUACAGCCGCCUGAAGAAGCUCUGAGGACUUCUCGCCACCCUCCCCGUCCCCUUUGCUGCCAAGAACCUGGAGCAUAGGGGCCGGCUCCAUGACAUUUGGCAGGAAGGCCUGGGGCGUCCGUGCCUUAACCUACCUCCCACACUCCCGAGGUUGGAGCCCAGGGUUGCUCUGCCGCAUCUCCUCGGACCCUGUAAGAUGUCCCUUCACAUGAGAACUGUCAUCAAGGCCGUCACUGCCAUAGCAGUCUUGAGGACCACGUCAGGCUCUUCUGUCUCACCACCCACGUUGGAUAAAGCAGCCAGGGCCUUACUCCCCUCUGGUCCUUCUCUAGGAAGAGGGGGACGAGAGGAGAGGUGACAAGCGGAAAUGCUGCCGACCAGAUACCAAAGACAGCCCGGAAGGAAAAGUCUUUGUGGGAUAACCUGUAUCUUUAAUUUAUUCAUCAAUCACUUUAUUUUAUUAUUUUUCUGUUAAUUCCUGGAGAUUUUUACUUUACUGCUUCAUUAGGACAAAAUACUGCCAUUCUAGGUAGGGUUUUACCAUCCCUGGGACUACCUCUACUUCUAAUU